AUGGACCAACAACAAGCGGCACAGGUCCUCCAGUCGCUCCAGGAACUACAGACCGAGGUCAAUCGACUAAGAGGCCGAGAAGCUGAACUGACAGCACAGGUCGCUUCUUUUGGUGCCGGUUCGGCUGCUUCAGCUGGACCUGGCAGUGCACUGGCACAGUUGGUGCAGUCACAAAAGGAGCUUGUGGACGCCCUUAGAUCGAAAGAACAAGUCCGGUUGGUCGACAACAAGGGCCUUGGCAAGCCCGACAAGUUUGAUGGGACAGCCGAAAGAUUCUUGUCAUGGAAAAUCAAGACGUCCUCCUAUCUUGCAAGUGUUCGCAAAGACCUUCGUGAGAUUCUGGUUUGGGCCGAAGAUUGCGAUCAUGCAAUCACUGCAGAUGACAUCGACAAGGCUUUUGGGAGUCAAGCAGAUGCCAUUGACCAGGUGUCGAACAUCAGUGAAUUGAGACGCGAGCUUUGGGACGCGCUGCUAAUGCUGACAGAGCGUGAGCCCUUUGACAUCGUGCUGAACACCGGGGAAUGCGGCAUCGAAAGCUGGAGAAAGCUCACGCGGAGGUACGACCCAUCCACUGGUGGUCGCAAACGCGCUCUCCUCAAUGCAAUCUUGUCACCGGCUCGAUCCAAGAUGGAAGAUUUGCCGUCCAACCUGGAGAAGCUUCUUGACAGCAUCAGACUUUAUGAACGUCGCAAAGACGCAUCUGGCAACCGAACGAUGUUGGCAGAAGACAUCAAGAUCAACGUGAUUGAACGAUUGGUGCCGGCAGAGCUCGAGCGUCAUCUCGUUCUCAAUCGAGAUCGCUUCAAGACGUUCGAGUCCAUGCUGUCCGAGAUCCAGUCCUAUGUGGAACAUGCCACCGGCAACAAGAUCAAGGUGGUGAACAGCCAGCCCUACGACGCACAUGGCCGUGGGGACGAUCCUAUGGAUGUCGGAAGCUUUGGAAAAGAUGCGAAGGGAAAAGGUAAGGGCAAGAAGGGAGCUGGAGGAAAACCUGGAAAGGGAAAUGCAACAGCUGAGAAGAGAACAUGUCACAACUGCGGACGCCCAGGACAUCUGCGGGCAGAUUGCUGGGCACCUGGAGGCCCCAAACAUAAGGGGACGGGUGGAGGCAAAUCUGUGAACAAUGUCGAACAAGGUGAACCAGAAGCAGAAGACUGGGACGCAGCUGAUGGCGACGAUGGUCAACAAGCAGCAAAUGGUUUAACGCUCUAUGGUGUUGAUGGGCCACCACAUGACGAGGAUGACGACGAAAGUUUCCAGGUCGAUCCCGAGUCCGAGGAGUCGGAAGCCUCGACAAGUCGCAGAAGGUGGUUUUCUUUGCCUCACCCACGUGCGUCAUGGCCUGAAGAGUGGGACGACCCCGACUAUGAUGGACCGAGUGGAUCGAGUGGCUCAAGACCCCUUCGGUCGCUUCGACUGGAGGAGGUCACCGAGCACGAGACCACUACAUCCAAGUCCGCGUCUUCCAAGGCACCUCGAACGCCACAGGGAAGACCCAAGAGGGGCAGAAGUCCAAAGAGCUCAACACCAAAGAGAGGCAAAGCAAGCAGAUCAGGGCCAGUCACUCCGGAGUCAGCACUCCGACGCUUUCGAAUGACUUCGAUGACACCACCACCAAGGAGAAGGUUGAGGCAUGGGCCACAGACUCCAGAAGAACUUCUUCGUAGCUCUACACCUUUGCCAAAGACACCACCGACACCUAUAGCAUGGCCUGCAUCACCUCCACAACAGCCGAUAGCCUCGCCCAAGACUCCACCAGGACCACCACCAGGAUGGCAAAGCCAAGUAGCUUCACCCAAGACUCCGCCAUGUCCACCACCGGGAUGGCAAAGCUCUCAGGUGAAGCCACCACCACCUGUCAAGGCAUCAUCGGCAGCUUCGACUUCAGGUUCUCGACUUGUCCAGAUGCUGAAGGCUGCGCUGAGUUCACAAAUCCGCAAAGUCCAAGAAGAAGAUCCUGGUUCAGGAGAUGGCCAGGCAGAUGCGAUGUUAGCGGCUUUGAGGACUAGAUCUGUCAAGGCACCGCACAUCACAAAGCAGAACAUCAGCGAUCCUUCUUUCCACGACUCGAGAUACCAUGCCGAGAUUGCCAAAGGUGUUGCACACAAUGUGGCCUGGAGAAAUGAACGUUUGAGAAGACGUGCAAUCGUCCACCGACGAGGAGGAGUCAAGGCACGUGCGGCUGAAAGGAUUCGACUUGACAAAGAAUGGCAUGAACGCUUUGACAACCCAGAAAAUCCAGAAGGCAUAGUGAGAAUCGAGGAUGAAGACAACUUGGAUGCGGGCAUCGAGACGGUGGUUGUGGGCAAAGCUGGUCAGAGCACAGUGAUAGAGUUUUCAGCGGAAGAGCGGAAAACCUUGAGGCAGUUCCCGGACGACGAGGCCAAGUUGCUGCAGAAGGACCCCAAGAAGAAACCCAUGACCAAGCGUGUUCGAAGCGUUGGGUACAGGGUGAAGAAGAAUCGCAACCGCAAUGUGGCGCGCAAGAUGGCGAGGAAGAACCGACCAGCCUUGGUUCUGAAGGAAAACACUGAAGUGAACGCAGAUGAAGAUGAUGAUGAAAUGGAAGAGGUCUACAUCGAAGAGCCUGAUGAGCCUCGAGACCGACCAGGCAGAGGAGACCCCGAUGGUGGAGCUGGAUCGGCUCCUGCUGCAGUCUACAGCUUGGGGGCCUCUGACGACUGGCGAAAAUGGGAACGAGCAGAGUUGAACAUCGACACCGGUGCUGCCAUCACUGCAGUACCACUUGACUUCGCCAAGGACUACCCGAGGAGCGAGUCCAAUGGAGCAAGCUACAAGGCAGCCAAUGCGGAACCCAUCGAAGAUCAGGGAAGUGUGAAGCUGGUGGGAUACGACGAAUCUGGCAACAAGAUCCCAAUCGAUUGCCGAGUUGCAGAUGUGCAUCGGCCACUUCUUUCAGGUUCCGAGAUCGCCAAGAACUACCACAUCGCCCUUGGACCAUCUUCGGGGAGAUUGAUCCCAAGAAACACUCCUGCGGGACGGGCCUAUUCGAAGGCCAUGAAAGAUCUGAUCCGAGAUUAUGGCGAUUCAAUGCCCAUUGUGCACAAUCGCCGAGGCAUCUAUGUGUUGGACUAUUGGGAUCCAGCUGUUUCAGCCGGAGCCGAUGCCAUGGAAGAUGGAGGCGAUGUUUCAGCCGCUUCGGCCGGAGCAGGGUCCUCAGGCGAUGUUCCAGCUGCUUCAGCCGGAGCAGAUGCCUUUGAAGAUGAAGUUGAUUUGGAAAUCGGUGAAGAACAGAGGAAAGCCAUUGUGAAGAAAGAACCACAUCAACCAUCCCAAGCUGAAGUUGACGAACAUGAAAGCACUGGACAUGUUGUCCAUCGGAGCUGGUGCUUGCACUGCAAAAGGGCACGUGUGACUGCUGAUCGCCAUGUGCCUAAGGAACUUGAUGAGCCAGAAACGCAGUUGCCCACGCUGAGCCUGGACUACUUCUAUAUGAACCAGGACCAGGUUGCGGAUGAGGCGACCCUUCCGAGCAUUGUGGUGAAGUGCCACAAGACCAAGAGAUUUUGGGCGAGCGUUCUCCCGGGAAAAGGGGCGGAUGCGUUCGCAAUCGCGUGGCUUGGGGGAGUUUUGGAUGAUGCUGGUUUUAAUAAGGUAAUCCUUAAGUCUGACGGUGAACCCUCCUUGGUAUCCCUUAAACAGAAGGUUAAGGAGAUAAAGACCCACAUCGAAGUGCACUUGGUGGAAACCCCAGUAGAAGACCAUCAAGCCAAUGGGUUUAUCGAAGUGGGAGUGCGAGAGAUAAAACGACAAUGUCGUGCUCUCCUCAGCGACCUGGAGUUCAAGCUGGAAAGGAAGGUAGAUCCGGGCCAUCCACUUUUGGUUUGGCUCCCGCGGCAUGCUGCCUUUCUCUUGACGAGAUACCGAGUAGGUACUGAUGGAAAGACCGCUUUUGAGCGGACCUAUGGACGAAAAUGGCGGAUUCCGCUUGUGAGGUUCGGUGAAAGCAUCCUGUAUAGGCCGAGGGCCAAUCGUGGGGGCAAGAGAAAUGACCUUGCCCCAAGGGUAUCCAUUGGGAUGUACGUUGGAACUGGAAACAGAAAUUCAGACGUCUUUGUCAUGACGGAACGUGGAAUCAUGAAGGGGAACUCGAUCCAUCGACGCCCACCUGACGAUCAGUUCAAACAUGAUCAGUUUGACUCGCUACGUGGCCUUCCUUGGAGGUUGCAAGAACGAGAACAUGGUGGACUGAGGAUCGCCCUUCCCGAUGUUGCAGCGCCUCGUGAAAGGCCUGCAGUGCAAGAAGUGAUCCCAAGGAACCUCUAUGUCACCAAGAAUGACUUGGAAAAGCAUGGGCACACACCUUUGUGUCCUGGAUGUGAAGCAGCAAUACUUGAGAUGCCAAGCCGAGCUCACAAUGCUGAGUGCAGACAAAGAAUCCAGAUCGAACUUGACAAGACUCCAGAAGGUCAAGAAAGGAUCAAAAGAGCGAGAGAGAGAGUUGCACAAGGCAGGCGCCCAAGAGGCGCGGCUGCACCGCCUGAGGGUGGUGGGGCAGAAGGUGGUGAAGCUGCACCACCAGUUGUCCCAGGAGGGGAAGUUGAACAACCAGUCUUGCAAGACCGUGUUCCUUUGGAUGCGGAAAUGGAUGCAAGUGAGGCUGUUGGUGAACCACUGGUCGACACCGAUUUUCGUGGAGAACUCAGACAGAGAGAACAAGAAAGAGAAGGAAGCCCAAAGAGGCAGAAACAAGAACAAUCCCGAGGAGAGAAAAGGAGUUCACAAGUCGACGUUGAAGAUCUUUACAAUGAAUCUUCAGCUCAGGCUUCAGGGUCAGCCGGACCACCGGCACCGGAUGCUUCAUCUGGUGUUCCGGAAGGUGCUGCCGCUGCACCAACAAGUCCUGAGACAAACCAGGAGAUGCUACAUCUGUGUUCCUUGCUCAAAGAUGUGAUCGCAAAAGGGAAGGUUGCUGAGAUCUUCUCUCCACCGCGUGUGGCUGCACAAGCCCAAGUGGUCGGGCUAGCACCUGGCUUCUCGAUUGACUUGGAGACAAAGCGUGGUGAUGGAACUCACUGGGACUUGAGUAAAGAUGAACACAUUCGUGAUCUGUUUCAACUGCUUGACUAUGAGAAACCAGAGUUCCUCGGCGGCUCACCUCCCUGUGGGCCAUUCUCGAAGCUGCAAAACAUUGUGGAUGCGAAGGGCAAUGUUUCACCUGAAGUUCGAGCGCAGAGACUAAAAGAUGGUCGCAAACAUCUGCGCACGGCAGUUUCAGCGUAUGAGCAUCAAAUGAAUGCUGGAAGGUACUUCUACCAUGAGCACCCUAAAGGGGCCGCUUCGUGGGAAGAGAGAGCUGUGAAGAGACUGAGGGCAGAUGAACGGGUGUAUGAGGAGGAGUUUUGGAAGCAGCUGCCCGACAGCGAUGACACCAUCGUGGAGCCAGUGCUUGACGCACACUCCGGUGCUGUCUUGGAUGUUGACAAGGUCAGAGCUGCUCGUUACGGUGGUAUUCGAGUUCUUGUACACGGAGAUGACUUCGUGGUGCUUGCUGAUGAUGCUGGACAGAAAUACCUUGAGGACACCUUGAGGUCCAAAUAUGAUCUGCGGGUCGAUGGAUCGAUCGGUCCUGGAGAACGGCAUCAGCAGUUCGCAGUGCUCAAUCGAAUCGUGACCUACAACGAGCAGGAAGGCUCUGUAUCCUAUGAGGCGGAUCCCCGCCACGUUGACCAGAUGGUACGAGAUCUAGAAAUGGAAAACUGUAAGCCAGUCAAGACACCAUCUGAGAAAAUGUCAGCCACGGAGGCCAACUUGAAGUUGACCACCCCGACCAUCACACCGGACCGUGUAAGUUUCUUCCGGCGCUCAACAAGUGGACUUGUGGCAACCUUUGGCCGCCACACGGUGAAGGCCUCGAGCACUCUUCAGAGCACGAUCAGCUUGAGUUCCAGUGAAGCGGAAUACUACUCGAUCGUUCGAGGAGUUUCCAUCGGAAUGUCGCUACAGGAGAUCUUGCGAGGAUGGGGCCUACAACCAAAACUUAAAGUGCACACAGAUUCAUCCGCUGCGCUGGGAACAUGUAACCGUCAGGGCUUAGGCCGCUCACGGCAUGUUCAAACUCGCUUUCUGUGGGUGCAAGAAAAGCUUGCACUACAUGAAUUCGAACUGGUGAAGAUCCCGACAAAGCAGAACGUAGCUGAUUUGUGCACCAAAGGUUUACCUGCGAAUGAGAUGGAAAGACACAUGCAAAGCAUGGGGUUCGAGUACUCUCAUGGUAGAGCCGAAGCUGCAAAGGCUUUGGAAUGA